GCCUGGGGCUGGGAAAGGCCUGCGGGUGGUUGUGAGGGCAGCGGCGGGUGUGAGGCUGGGCUGGCGGCCAUCUAUGGUGACGUCCCCGCGGCCGUGGCGCGCGCUGGUGGCCGUGUCCCUCUGUGUCCUGCUGUGCCUGGCGGCCGCGUACCCCCCGAAACCCGAGAGCCCCGGCGACGACGCGUCCCCCGAGGAGAUGGCCCGGUACUUCUCGGCCCUUCGCCACUACAUCAACCUGGUCACGCGGCAGAGGUACGGGAAACGUGCCAGCCCCGGUCCCGCCGUGGCGGAGCUGCUCCUGGGGGCCGCCAGUGACAGGUCACGGUACGAUGACGACUCCUCGUGGUGACCGCCCCGCCCAGCCCCCACCCUUU